GCCUCGUGCGUGCGCGUAGUUCGACGAAAGCCGCCGAGUCGCACGCACGCAGCACGGCUCCCAUUAUAUAUAAUACAACAACGAUUCGUCGCGGCCGCGCGCGACCGUCUGUACGCUGUUGUAUUUUGAAUAAACACGGGCCUUUUUGCAGCGCGUUUGCAAUAACAAUAGAGAAAAAAGGUACGCGAGUACCGAGCCGGUGGUCUGCGGUACCGAUCUGCCCAUGCGAUAAUAGCAAGAAUCGGUUAUUUUGGUGCGUUUUAUUCGUUGUUUCGACAAAAAAAUACUCGCUCGUGCUGCCCGUGGUUGACUGACGAGAGUCAACCAUCGUCCUUUGUUUUUGUUGUUGCUGUUGUUAUUGUUGUUUUUGGUGAGCAUUCUGCCGAGUGUCAAAAGUGCCAUUUAAAGUACUGCAAUUCCGAGCAGCAGAAGCAGCAGCAGCUCCAUCGUCUCUGCACAAGGAAAAGAAGUCGAUCAGCGUCAUGUACAAUCUCAACUGCUCGAAUCUGAACGGUAACGGGGAGAACGGCGAGGCGCCGUCGCAGCAGACCCCGAGCCUGCUGAGCGUCGCCAUGGGCAUGACCGCGGCCGGCGCGGCGGAAGUGACGCCCCGCACGCCGGAAAUCGUCAACAGCCUCAUAUCGAUGACCACCAAUCCCUUCGACACGUUCGGUCAGGCCAUCGGUAACAACAACGGCGGCCCGACGCAGUCGCCCUUGGUCACCAAUUGCGUCAACAGCAGCAGAUUCGGCAACGUCAUCACGAACGCGGGCCGGGUCAGGCAUUACUCGACCAGCAGCGGCGAGCCGAGUCCGCCGAGCGUCCAGCACACGAGGAGUCAGCUCAUCAAAGAAGGUUUGAAGCUGACUCUGCAGACAAAAAGACGAGCCAACGGUAACGUCAUGCCGAUACAGGAAGAGACGGUCAAGCAGCCGCGCUUGAAAAGAGAGGAAGGAAGCGCCGACGACGAGGACGACGACGAGUCCAGCAACAGCAAAACUACCAACGAGCAGCUGACGCCGGAAGACGAGGAGCGCCGGCGCAAGCGUCGCGAGCGCAACAAGAUCGCCGCGACCAAGUGCCGGCUGAAGAAGCGGCAGAAAACGACGAAUCUCGUGCAGGAGUCCGAGUGCCUGACCUCGCAGAAUCAGAACCUGAAGAAGGAGAUACAGCUGCUGUCGACGGAACGCGAGGAGCUCAUCAAGAUGCUCGGCGAGCACAAUUGUACGCGCAAAAACGCGUCACCGAGCCACAAUUCCAUGUACGCGCAACAGCAGCAGCAACAGCAAUACGGCACCGAAUCGCUCCAGCACCAACAGUUGCCAGCUUAUCAGGAUAACUUCGUCACGGCCCCCACGAAUCAUCCGCACCAUCAGCAGCAGAACAACGAUUACACUCAGCUCGUGCAAGUGGACUUUGUGCAGUCGGUCAAAGUCGAGGACUACGACGUGGUCAAUCAGAAUUACUUCGUCCAAGAGAACAACGACUCGACGAACGGCAACUGUACGGUUUCACAACUUUCAAAGUUCAAUCGAACGUCGUGAUUAUAUUUUAUACAUAUUAUUAUUAUCAUUACGAAUCGUACGCGUGUACAGUGGAGUGCGAGAAAGACGGCACUCGUGCGUGUGUGCGCGAGUUUAAUAUGCUCGCGAGGUGUUCUCUGUUUAGUAUUAGACGAUUAAAUAAUUUUAAUUAAUUACGUAAUGAUUUAAUUAGCUGUUAUUAUGAAGUCAAGCUUUAAGGUUGUGUAGAGCGAUUUAAGGGAAAAGAAAACCUAAGUUUAAGUGCGCGCCGCUCUCGUUCAGCCGCAGAAAGAGAGAACAACUCACAAUACUACAUGUUACCGCGAUUGAUAAAUCGAUCACCAAUAUUUUCAUUAUUUUGCAAUUUUUACUCUUAACGAGUCUUUACCCGCGAGAAGAACAAUAUUUUACAUUUAUCACGGUACUUUGCAUUCCAUAGAUUUUUCGCUGUUAUAGUCUUAUAUUUUUGAUACAGAUGAAAGUUACCGAUUUACAUAUUGAUACAAUGCGAAAUAUUAUAUAUUGAGAUCCUACAGUGACAAAAAAAGAAAAGAAUCUACUACAGUAUAGUCAAGGCGCUUUCUAUGCGAAGCUAAAGUCAAAAUAGUGCGACGUCCUUCACGAGCAAAAGUCAUUCAUAUUUUUUUUGUUUAUCUCUCUCUCUUUCUAUGUUCAUCACUUUUUCCGACUCUUGACCUCGACUGCGUGUCAGCAGGUUUUUUUUUACUUUAUUAUUAUUUUUUUUUAAUUCAAAAUAUAAUUAAUGAGAGCUAAGCAUGUAUUAUACUACGAGACAUUCCUUUUGUAACUUUUCUUUUCACACGAGCCAGCUAUAUAUAAUAUAUUAUUUAUGUAUUUGAACGUGUACGCGUGCGAUACAUUGGAAAUUGGUGCUUCACAAUUGAUGUAUAUCAGUCAAUGUGUUUUAAUCGCGAAAAAAGAGUCGCUAACGAGAAGAACUCUUGAAUUUUUGCGAUUAGUUAGAGUGAGUGAAAUUUAUUCGCGUAUGCAAUGCUGAAAAUAUCGUGCGUACGCGUUCGCAAACGCAUAAUAACAAUAUGCUUAUUAUUAUUUUCUACCGAAAAAAUUUAGAUUUAACUCAAUAUUCUUAACGUGAGAACGCGUCCAGUAGACAGAAAUAGCAAAAAAUCUGUCCCCGAUAUAAUGAUUUUAACUCAGAGUUUUAUACAUCUAAAGAUAUACAUAUAAAAAAAUAUAUUAUUUAUAUUUACACAGACAAAUAACAAUAUAUGAGAAUUCGUGUACUUCGCAGGCGAAUACCGCUGACAUAUUUUUUUUUUUUUAUAUACUCCUAAGUCCUUAAUUAUAUUUACUUAAAAAAACCUUUUUUAUACGCCUAUAUACAUUGUAAAAGAGAACUUUAGAAUGAAUAAACAUAAAUAUAUGAUAUAAAAAAUGCUUAUUACGUUACAUUUAUACCAAUGGCGCGCUGUGUGUACGUUUCAAAAGUUCUCGAUAUACCGACGAUAUUAAUGGUCAUCUGCGUGUAUGCUCAUCGUUAUAAUGCAUAAUCAAUUAGGGGAUAAUGCGCUGUGUUCAUUCGAUAUGUAUUACACCUCGGAUUAUAAACCAUAUAUCUAUAUUCACUGACGAUCGGAGAUGCGCACAGCUUUUUGCAAAAAAAAAAAAAAAUUGUGCAUGCAGACUCUCGAUAGUAUGUGCGUAUUAUAUAUGUGUGCGCUACGUAACAUUUAGGUCGCGAAUGUAUUUAUCAUUUAGAAUUGCCACUUGUUUUCUCAUAAUCUAUCUCUUUCUCUCUCUCUUUCAUAUACGAUACUCUAAAUUUAUUGAUUUUAUAAAAUUAAUGUAUAAUUUAUGUAUGAGGUUUAAAAGUCUUCUGAAAUAUUUUUUGCUCUGUAAUCUCGUGAGAUAAGAGUAGUUUAUGUACGAUAUCUGUUUACGUUUUGAGCGUUGUACCUAUGUGUAACUUCAUAUUUUGUAGUUUUAAAGUCCGAGAUUAAGCUUCUAGGCAAUGAAGUUCUAUAUCGAUUCAGUUAUACAGCAGCGUCCGUUGUUUACAUACGACGUAGCCUUAUGAAAUCUUCUAUAAGACAUUUAUGUAUUAUUGUUGUUCAAUUCGUUAAAGAAAGAAAAAACAUUUACCUACAUGUUAUAUACGUAC